AUGCCAUAUACAAUCCCAAAAGAUAUUAUUAAUGAUGUCAAAUCGCUUAUAAAUAAAGGUAUAUCCUUACGUAAUAUUGCUAAAGCUACUGGUGUCUCAAAAGCGACAGUACAUCGUAUUAAAUCUGCAUAUUUCCCUACUGCCCCGCAUACGUCACCAGGUCGACCCUCAAAUAUCAGUCAAACUACUAGUCAUGCAUUAAGAUUUAAAGUACGUCAAGGAUACUUAAAAACAGCAAGAUAG